AUCCCCCGUAAACUUGCAUUAUUUAUCAAAACAAAUUUUAAAAUUCGUAAGUGUAAGUAAAUAUUUAUAUUUAAUUGAUUUCUGCGAUGAGAGGUGACAACGGGACUGCUGAAGAAAAUGAGCGGCUCUCUCAGCAGCAAGCAACUGAGACCCAGCAGACUGAUGAUGGAUAUCUGGAUGAAUCAACUCAUCUUGAGAAAAUGGGAGAUUACAAAUCAUACGCAAAGGGAUUGAUGGAUAUUGCUUUGAUUUCAGCCAAUGCAAACCAACUCCGGACUGCGCUUGAAUAUCCAGUUCCGUAUAGCACUAUCUUGGCCUCUAUGAUCGCUGUUUCGAUCCUCCUUCAAGUGAUCGCUACACUUCUUCUUGUGAUUGAAAGGAUGACCUGCAAGAAGCAUGACUAUGUCCGGUGUCACAAGUACAACCUGGCAAUCGCUAUCCUGGUUUGCUUUGUUAUCUUCAUCAACAUCUUCAUUACCGCCUUCGGAGUCCCGGGAAACAAUCCUAAAAGUUUUAAUUCCUCCUUGUAAUAUGUUUACUUGACACUACUUUCGGAGCUACUAAGGACCGCCAUCGGAGUCCUCGAAAUAAUUCUAACAGUUUUAAUUUCUCCUUGUAACAUAAUUACAUGGCACCGCCUGUGGAGUUCAUGCAAGUCAUCCAAAUUUUUAAAUUUUUCAUUUAAACUUGUCAAAGGCUUACCCAGCAACUCCAGCAGAGCUUAUUAAAACCUUUCGAAUGUUAUUAUUUUCUAAGUGUAUUAGGCUAACCUGGCUUGGAACAUCCCGAUACUAAGCUUUAAAUCUUGAAAAAAAAA